UACGGCCCGGCCUGCCUCAGCCCCUGCAGAAAGCUCCCGGUGCUGCACAUCUUCGGACAGCAGCCCCUGGACAUCAGGCGUUGUGCAGAGGCCUUCCGGGAGCUCUACCCCAACCGACAGGGCCAUGUGGUGGUGCUGAGUGAUGUGGUCUAUGCCCAUGCGAUGGGUGAGCUGGAGCAGCAGUUGUGUCCUGAGUACCCCAAUAUCGUCUUCUCCAAGGUGGUGUGCGGGGACCCUCCCGGCCCUGCACCACCUGGGGAGGAGCGGCACUUUGGUCGCCAGUUCCUGGUGAAGGCGCCAGGAGGACUGCAGGACUGUGCCAUGUUCUAUGUGGGAACUGAGGGCCUGGCCCUCACCAGCUUCAUGCUGACCUGGAACCGCUGCUCCUUCAGCUCUUUUGACCCCACCACUGGCUGUGGCCGCCACGAGAACCUCAAUGUCAACCGCGCCCUGAUGCGACGCCUUUACCUGGUGGAGCGGGCCCGGGAUGCCCAUGUGGUGGGCAUCCUGGUGGGCACCCUCGGUGUGGCAGGCUACCUGGCUGUGCUGCAGCACCUCCGGGAGCUUCUGUGCCGGGCUGGCAAGCGCAGCUACACACUGGCCGUGGGGAAGCCAAACCCUGCCAAGCUGGCCAACUUCCUGGAGGUGGACAUCUUUGUCCUGGUGGCCUGUGCUCAGAACUCCCUGCUGGACUCCAGUGACUUCUACCGACCCGUUGUGACCCCCUAUGAGCUGGAGCUGGCCUGUAAUCCAGCACGCGAAUGGACGGGGAACUACCUCACUGACUUCCGAGACCUGCUGCCAGGUGCCUGCGCGCACGUUGAGCUCCCACCGGCCAUCCCUGCAGCGGAGGCUGUUCCUGACAUCUCGCUGAUCACGGGGGAAAUGCGCGCCACCCACCUCUGCGACCCCCUGGCCUCCCAGCUGGCCCCCAGCACCACCCUGGCCUGCAGGGACCAGACACGGGCCCUUGCGGAGAUCAGCCCUGCUGCCUCCUUCCUGGACUCCCGCAGCUGGCGGGGCCUGGAGCAGCAGCUGGGGCAGACGCCCAUCUCAAAGGCUGUGCAGGGCCGACGAGGGAUUGCCAUUGCCUAUGAGGACGAGGUGCGUGAGCAACCCUGA